AUGCUUCGAGUUUUCGGGGGACCCCUCCCAGCAGCAUAUGCUGGAGUGAUCUUGGUCCUGGGAUGCUGGGCGGCUUGCAUUGGGCAGGAGGACUGCGAAGUCGACACUUCGGGCGAACCCACGGGUAUGCUCCAGAUCAGCGCUUACGAGUCCUUAGACUCGUCGAGAGCCGACUGUGAGGACGAGUUCCAGGCGGGCCUUUGCACUGACGGCGAGUGCGUGGAUUGCGCUGCGUCGUUCAUCGUCCCGGAUCCAUCGAAGGGACCCUUGCCGAACGGAGAGAUGUAUUGCAAAGGAAACAAUGACAGAGACCCUCUUACUGGAAAUAAAGUCAUUCCUGCGCCUACACAGGCCGGAGUGUGUAGAGGAACGGCAGCAUUAUGGACUUUCCGUGACCCUGGAGAUGUCAUGACAUGCCGCAACUAUCAAGCCUGCUACAAUAGCGUGGAAAUCGAGGGAAUGGGAGCCGUUUGCUGCGAGAACGUGGACGAUGAUGGUCAGACAUGCUAUUCAACGGCCGACUUUGAACUUGCCGGCCAAGACAGGAGAGAAGCUGCAGAUACUGUGUGCUCUGGUGACGUUUGUUGCAUGGGCUACCAGACGUGCUACAGCGGCGAAGCCCGAAACGUUUCAUCGAUUUCUUGCAAAGGAUACCAGACAUGCUACCAGUGGGUGACCUACUUGAGCGGAGAUGUGGUCUGCGAUGCCGACGCCCCGACGGAGUUUCCUGGUGACAACCACGGCGGCACCUGUGCGAACAGUAAUACAAAAUUCUUUUUCUCAGAGGGCGAUGGCACACACUGUGUCCAAUGCUUGGGCCAAACUUCAUGCAAGGAUGCCCGGUGGUUUUUCCCAGAGAAUGCCAACGUGUACUUCUUCUGCCGCGACGGACAAGGAGGCGAUGCUUGCGAGGCUAUGGUAGUCACUUUGGAAGCAGGUGCCUGCAUCGAGUUUAACCUGACGAAAGGAUCCGGGGAAGGCGAAAUUCGCGUGAAUCGGCAAGGCAGCGGCUCCAACCAGGCGCUUUGUUUCUUUACAGCGACGGACCAGGUGUCAGCCACUACCUGGAAAGGCGAUGGCUGCACAGAAAGAGACGACGCCUCCAACAAUUGCAACAGCAGAUGGAGACCCGGUUGCCAUUGGAAUUAG